UCCUGGCAUCACUCACCUGCAGCCGCAGCGCUCUCCACCAGUCUCGGCCAAAACAUUCCAGGACCACAACGAUCCUUUAGAGCCAGAACCCAGAACCAGAACCAGAACCAUGUCGGGCAUCGCGGCCACACUGCAGCACCACCGGGACAAGGACCGGGGCAUCGGCUCGUGCAGCCAGGCGGUGAAGUACCUGAACCAGGACUACGACGCUCUGCGGCGGCAGUGCGCGGAGAGCGCCGCCCUGUUCCAGGACGAGACGUUCCCGGCGAUGGACUCCUCGCUGGGCUUCAAGGAGCUGGGCCCGGGCUCCUACAAGAUCCGGGGGGUGUCCUGGGAGAGGCCCACGGAGUUGACCUCUGACCCCGAGUUCAUCGUCUCUGGAGCCUCCAGGACGGACAUCUGUCAGGGAGCUCUGGGUGACUGCUGGCUACUCGCCGCCAUCGCCUCUCUGACCCUGAAUGAGGAAGUUCUGGCUCGAGUUGUUCCACAUGGACAAAGCUUCAGGAGAGGAGAGUAUGCCGGCAUCUUCCACUUCCAGUUCUGGCAGUUCGGUGAGUGGGUGGACGUGGUGAUCGACGACCGCCUGCCGGUCAAAGACGGAGAGCUGAUGUUCGUCCACUCGGCGGAGGGGAGGGAGUUCUGGAGCGCCCUGCUGGAGAAGGCCUACGCCAAGAUGAACGGCUGUUACGAGGCUCUGUCUGGAGGGUCCACCACUGAGGGGUUUGAGGAUUUUACCGGAGGAAUCGCUGAGGUCCACGACCUGAAUAAACCUGAACCACAUCUGUUCCACAUUAUCCAGAAAGCUCAGAACCGCGGGUCCCUGAUGGGAUGCUCCAUCGAUAUCACGAGCUCAUCCGACUCCGAGGCAGUUACCUCUCAGAAGCUGGUAAAAGGCCACGCCUAUUCUGUGACAGGUGCAGCUGAGGUGGAGUACCGCGGCAACAUGGAGAAGCUGAUCCGGAUCAGGAACCCCUGGGGUCAGGUGGAGUGGACUGGAGCCUGGAGCGAUAACUCAACCCAGUGGCGUCAGAUUAGCGAUGAGGACCAAGACCGUCUGAGCCAUCGCUCGGAGGAUGGAGAGUUCUGGAUGUCUUUCAAUGACUUCCUACGACAUUAUUCCCGGCUGGAGAUCUGUAACCUGACGCCCGACGCGAGCGACGACUCCAUGUCCAAGUGGGCUCUGUCCAAGUUCGAUGGCAGCUGGAGGAGAGGAUCCACCGCCGGAGGCUGCAGGAACUUUCCCAACACCUUCUGGACAAACCCUCAGUUCGUGAUCCGGUUGGAUGAGGAGGACGAUGACCCGGAUGACGGAGAGAAUGGCUGCAGCUUCGUGGUCGGUCUGAUCCAGAAGAACCGCAGACGCAUGAGGAAGAUGGGAGAAGACAUGAUGACCAUGGGAUUUGCCAUCUACGAGGUUCCUGAGGAGUCCCGCGGUCAGAGGAACAUCCACCUGAACAGGAACUUCUUCCUGCGGAACGCCUCCUCCGCUCGCUCUGAAACCUUCAUCAACCUGCGAGAAGUCUGCAGCCGCUUCUGCCUGCCGCCGGGGGAGUACCUGAUCAUCCCGUCCACCUUCGAGGCGCAGAAGAACGGAGACUUCUGUGUCCGCGUCUUCUCCGAGAAACAGGCCGAGUUCCAAGAGCUGGACGACCCCAUCGAGUCCAGAGUGGAACAGAUCGAGAUCGAUGAAGACGACGUGGAUGAUCGGUUCAGAAGUCUGUUUGGACAGCUGGCAGGAGGGGACUGUGAGAUCUCCACCUUCGAGCUGCAGAAGAUCCUCAACAAAGUGGUGACCAAACGUUCUGACAUCAAGACCAACGGCUUCAACAUCUCAACGUGUCGCAACAUGAUCAACAUGCUGGACAAAGACGGCAGCGGUAAACUGGGUCUGGUGGAGUUUAAAGUGCUGUGGACCAAAAUCGAGAAGUAUCUGAACGUCUACCGUGAGAAGGACGUGGACAACUCGGGGACGAUGAGCUGCACAGAGAUGAGGACGGCCGUGGAGGAAGCCGGUUUUAGUCUCAACAACCCGCUCCACCAGGUCCUGGUGGCUCGUUAUAGCGACCCAGAUCUCACCAUCGACUUCGACAACUUUGUGAGCUGUUUGGUUCGUCUAGAGAACAUGUUCAACACGUUCAACACACUGGACAGAGAUGACUCAGGAACUGUUGAGUUCAGUAUGAUGGAGUGGCUGAACGCAACUAUGCUCUGAGGAACCUGGACCAGCCUGAUCUGGACCACAGCAGAACUACUGUCCAUGUGGUGAAUGUUAAUUAUGAGGGAGAGGGAUGUUAGUGAGACAAAAAAAA